CCUGCGCAGGCGCAGGUCCGAGACACCUCAUCGCUGCGGAAUUGCUGAGAGCGGAGCCGAGGGUGCGCGAUCAGACUCCGCGGCAGCCCGAGCGAGCGGUGGCUCCCAUCCCCCACGCCCCUCCAGGUGCGCCCUCCGCACUGGCCCCCGCUGCCCGAGCCCCUCAGGCCUGUGUUAGGGACAAAGGGAUGGAGCGGCUGGGCCUGCCCUGAAGAGCAGACACGUAAGCCCCCUGCGGAUCCUCGGACGGCCCUGGGGAGGGGUCCUGGGGGAGGCCACUGUGUCCAGCUACGCAGCAGGCGGCCGCGGCCUGGAGCCCCUCCCACCCCGCCGCCCGGCCGCGCCACAGCCACCUGAACCUGAACUCUAAGCCUUCCCAGGCUGUUACUGGCAGAUUGAACCUCCCUCCUGCCCCGAGAUCGCACCCAGGGGCGCCACCAUGGCCAUGAGCCUUUUGCAGGACUGGUGCAGGGAGCUGAAGGUGGACGUGCGCAGGGCCCUGCUGGUCACCGGCAUCCCGGAGGGCCUGGAGCAGGCGGACAUCGAAGCCGUCCUGCAGCCAACCUUCCUGCCCCUGGGCACGUUCAAGCUGCGCAACGUGAGGGCCGUGAGGAGCGAGAAGGCCAGGGCCGCGCUGCUGGAGUUUGCGGAGGACAUUGAUCGCGCUGCCGUCCCCAGGGAGAUCCCGGGCAAGGACGGGGUCUGGAGGGUUCUGUGUAAGAAGCCUGCGCAGGACACGCGAUUCCUGAGGCAGAUGAGACGCCUGCUGCUGGACGAGAGGCCUGCGCAGGUCGCUCUGUCCAAGGCCCUGGGGGACAAACCCACCGCGCCCGCUUCGGAGACCCAGGCCCAGGGGUCCGGGCAGGCAGCCGGGAAGGCGGGCGCUCCUUCCGGGGCAGGCAGGAGUGCUAGGAGGGGCCGUCGGGGUCGCAGGAACAGGGCCAGAAGCAACAGGUUGGCUCAGAAGGGCAGGAAGAGGGGGCGGGGCGGGCGCCCCUCCACCCCCGCGGAGAGCGAGUCCGACGACUCCUCCGACGACAGCCUGGGCUUCGUGAUCCGGGAGAUCGAGGAGGGGGACUUGACCGGGGACCAGGACCAGAGCGCGCUGUACGCAGCGCUCCAGGGUGCGGCGAAGGAGCUCGCGAAGAAGUGGGCCCUCCAGAGCCCCGCGGGCGAGGAGGACAGUACCCGGGAGUUCCUGGCCCUGGUCACCGUCGCCGACAAAACCAAGAAGGAGAAGACAGAGAAGGAGACCCCGGGGGCUGAGUCUGUCCGCUUGAACACCAAACAAGAAGGGAGCGAUGUCCCCGACUUGGUGGCCCUGCUGGCAGUGAGAGAUGCCCCCGACGAGGAGCUGAUGGACAGCGACGCUUCGGAGACCACCUCGCAGGACAGCGAGGAGCAGGAAAACGAGAUGGACAACCCCGAGUUCGUGGCCAUCGUGGCAUACACAGACCCCUCGAUCCCCUCGGCCCGGGAAGAGAUGCUGAAAAUCGCCUCUGUGAUCGAGUCGCUGGGCUUGAGCGACAAGAAAGACAAAAAAGAUGCCCUUCCGCAGAUCUUGUCCGUCAUGUCCAAGGACACCUCCGGGACCCGCGUGAGGGUGAAGGAGGCAGGCCUCGAGGUGGACGCCAUCAUCCUGAGGAAGGCCGAGGACGACGGGAACCUUCUGGAGUGCAUUUCGAGCCUGGCCGACCCGGACAUCCCCUUCCCGGGCAAGAAGGCCCAGGGCGGGCUGCUCGGGGGCUGGGGCGGGGACGGCGAGGAGGAGUGCGGCCUCCUGGAGCUGGUGGCGCUCCUGGCCGCCCAGGACAUGGCUGACGGGCUGACGGCGGAGGAGAAGCAGAAGGCCUGGGAGGGCGCGCAGUUCCCGUACGCCGAGGGCAAGCUCGGGGAGGUCUUGGCCCUGCUGGCCGCCCGCGAGGAGUCGGGGGAGGCUUCGGACGAAGAGUCGCAGGAGGAGUCGGAGGACGCGGAGAGCGAGGAGUCGGAGCCCGAGGACCCGGCGUCCAGGAAGCCCCGCGCCAAGAGGGCGCGCACCGGCCCCCGGGGCCCGGCUCAGGCCGGCGCGGGCCCCGCAGCCGCCCCCGCCCCCGCCCCGCCCAAGGCUCGCGCGACCCGCGGGGGCGGCCAGGCCGUGGCUCAGGAGAAGAAAGCCGCGAGCCGGGCCGAGGCCAAGGCCGAAGCGGCGGGCGGCAAGAAGAAGAAGGGCAGCGCGGGCGCCGGGGCCAACGCCAAGGCCGGCGACGCCAAGGGCCAGCCGCCCGCCGGCUCCAAGUCCGCGCGCGGGAGGAAGGCUCGUCGGGGCCAGAAGCUGCCCCCCAGAUGCCGCUAGAGGCGCCCAAAGAGGACGGCCCGCCGGAGCGCGGCCCGCAGGGCGCCCGCAGGCGCCCCGCCCACCCCUGUCCCCUCCCCCCUCCAGCAGAGGCCGCCCCCGCUGAACGCAGGUGCCCCGCGGUGCCUGUCCCCGGGCGCGCGCCAUCCUGACGGAAGAAGCCCUGAUGGGGGAAGGAAAAAGGAAAAGGGGCCCCGGGAGGCAGCAGCCGCCGGGGCUGAGUCGCGGGUUGGGGAUACCCGAGUCGGGUGUCUUUGGGGGCCGGGGCGCGGCCCCGAGUGUGCAGGUGCACACCCGGCACCUGUGAGCUCUUUAUGGCUCUGGAGGGGCCCGACCCUUCCAGACACCUGCUCCUGGCCAGCGCUGAAGGCCGCUGUUGUCCCCUACCCCCACUGAUUGGGCCUGGGGUCUGCGAUGGAGGCGGGGCCACCCGCUCGCCCAGUGGUGUCAGGAUGUAGCCGAGCACUGAAGGCAGAAGCUCCCUGAUACGGGGAGGAGAUGAUUCUAGAAAGGAAAGCCUGAGAGGCAGAUGGGGGCUGGGAGGAGGAGGAGGAGGAAGAGAGGGAGCAGGAGACGGGAGGGGGGUAUGGGAUGGCAACUUGGGGGCGGAGGAGGAGGGGGAGGAAAGAGACGACACCCCAGCCCCGCCCGCUGGACACGCAGCUGAUACAAAUGACCAGCCCAAGGCCCCGGCCACCUGCCCCCAUCCACAGGCUGAAAUUGUCCCUCAGACUGCAGUUUACCAAAAAUUCUAAUUAUUUUCCGUUUAUUUAUGUUCAAUUGGGAGUAAUUGACAUAAAAUCCAGAUUUCUGGCUUCUCUGGGCAGAGUGGGCCAUGGUCCCCUGGGUCCCCACUCUCCCCUGGGGCUGACAGUGGGGGGCCUCGGUUCACUCUCAGAGUGAAUUAAAGGCCAGAGGGACCCCUGACCUCUGCCCUCAUGUGAGGGGCAGAGGCUCUCGGGAGCAGAACUGGUCAGUGGGUCUGUCCUUAUAGAGGAGGAAAUGUCCCCACGUAGGAAACUGCUGCCCUGCCCUGCCUUUGCCUGGAGUCAGCUGGGCCGGCGCUGCGGGGCCUUGGCACCUGCUGUCCCAAGUGCUUCAGUAGUGUGUGUGUGUGUGUGUGUGUGUGUCCCUGCUGUGCCCUGUGCUUCAGCCUUCCCUGCCAAGCUUGAUGUUGUCCCUAAACAGUGGUCUCCCUCACGCCCUGCUCACACCUUCUGGUCUCUGCCUGGGGCAGUGUGUUGUGUUUCCUUGUCCAAAUUUCCGUCCCCAGGAGGUGAGGAACCCAUUGUGCUAGGAGAGCCCUGCCCUGCUUGUUUCUUGGAAGGCGCAGGGGCCUGGGCAGGUCCUCACAGCCCAGAGCGGACUGUCUGCAGCCCAAGCCAGGGUCACCCAGGUGCAGAAGCAGCAUGUGGACACUUCUCCGUGCUCGGAGGCUGCCCCCCACGUGGCGGCAGGGACCUCCCUGGACAGUGACCAGCCCACGGAGGAGCAGGAGAGGUAUCCCUGGGGCUGGGGAAGAAACCCCCUCCUCCCUGGGGGCUGAUGGAUUUGGGUACCUGGCCCUGGGCCAGCGGCCUCUGGCCAUGCCCGUGGGUGAGGAGGGCUCAAGUGUCACUUCUCCCAGAGCACAAAUAGGCUCCUCUCCUUGUGUACUGUGCCCCAUGCAUCCUCUAGGAAAGCUGAAUUAAGCACUGUGACCUGUUCUCUCUGGCUCUGGGCCUAAGGGCACAGGGAGACGCCCCACCUUCGUGGCUGAUGUUCACCCAGAACACCCCGGAACUGCCCUGUGGCUGAUUUGCACCCAGUAACCUUUGCUUCUCUAGUGACUGUGUCCCCUGCCCAGCCCUCACCCCCACUCUGGGCCAGCUCCAGCUCUGCAGCCCUUAGACACCUAUGGAGCCCCUGAGCCCCCUGGGUCCCCUGUGGCUCUAACCCCUGCCAAGUCUGCUCUUCUUCCACCCAGACGCACUCUGGCAGGCCGCAGCUCCGUCUGCCUCCUCCCCACCCCCACCCCUAGCUCCCCACCUAGUCGUGUAAUUAUUUCAUUAUAUAUUACAAC